UAUGAAUCUGGCUGAAAUGGCAGGUAAAUUUUAUGAAGAAAGACAGAGAUCAUAAAUGGAAAAUGAAAUAAAAAGAUAAUAAAAUGUUUAAUCAUUUGCAAAUAAAGAAGAGAAACUUAAAGACAGUUUAAACAAUAUAAAAAGUAGUAUUAAAGGAUUAUGGGAUUAAUUUACUAAAAAAUGA